AUCUGCUGAGCUUGGAAUCUACUCUCGACAUUUGAAACAGCGCACGUGGUUGUUGAAUGCUGCUGAUGGAUGCUACGGAGUUUUCGAACGAAAAGAACGUGAUGCAUUGGCUCAGUGGAGAGCAGACUGCAGACACGUCCCUGCUUUCCCUGCCAACGGAAAUUUUGGAACACAUCUUGUGUUUCCUGAGCGUAGAAGAUCUUGCUUCUGUGUCACAAGUGUGCAAGAGGCUUAAUGAUGUCCAUACUUCAGAGAAAGUAUGGAAGUUUGGAUUCGAGUCCAGGUACCCGCGCUUGUUGCAGCCCUCGUGCCGACCUGCCCUGCUGCGCGUGUUUGAGCGGUGCGGCCGCAGCUGGCGGCGUACUGCGAGGUUCCGCGCCUCGGCUGGCCACCACCUGCGCACGGCCCUAGCCAAGACGGCCGACAGAUGCUACUCAGUCCACUGCCUGCCGGACCCCGCCAUGGAAGAGUUCCGCAAGCUGGUGCCCGUCCAUGGUACCCUUUUUAAUCGGGAUGCCCUUCUGGAGGUCAUCUAUCCCUGCCAACACUGUCCGGAUGAUGACCUGUCUCUGCGCUACUAUGCGCGGAUGCUGUUCCGCGAGAUCCAGCGAGACGUCGUGCUGCUGCCCAUGUUCCGGGAGUACAUGCAGCGCCCAGCGCAGCAUGUGAACGUGCCCGAAGCCUUUUAUCUGAUGAGCCUCUGGAUGGUUCCGGAGCAAACCAACAACCGAGAGUCCAAUCUUAAGGCCUGCUACAUCAAGGUCGCCGGCCUGGUUUUGGACGAGCUUCGUCGGAAGCUCCCGGAGCACCCGGCCGCCGCCUGGGAUACGUGCAAAAAGAACCCGUUCGGACCUUCGCUGUGGACGGACGACCAGACACUGAUGCUCCUGGACGUGCUGAACAUCGUGCUGUAUGACCAGCUUGCCCUGAUGAAGGAUGAAGAGCCGGCGUACGCACCGGCUGCCGAGCUGAACACACUGGUGCUCUACCUUCGUCGCCACCUCCACUGUGCCGGCUCCGGGACGCAGACUGUAAUGGGGACGGUCUACUCCUCGGUAGCUGGCAUGCUGGGUGUCAACCUCCACAAUGUGCAGUUCCCGCAUAGCUCGAUGAUCUGCUGGCACCGAACGGACAGUGAAGAGUACCUGUUCAUCGACGUUUUCCGUCGCGGCAUGCAGCUAUCUAGGGAGCAGGUGUUGGAGGAGUUGAAUGCUGUACAUCCGGACAUGGACCUUCAGAUGCUGGAACCCUUUCCCAGAGCAGGGCUGCUGGGCCGCCUGAUCAAUGGCGCCACCCAUCCGGAAGCCCGCCGGCCAGGGACUGGCUUCGACCUGGUCUCGUUUGAGACACUGGCCUGCUGGGCUCGCAGCGACUGCCGCCUGGACAUGGCUGCGCUCGACGACCUGAUGUCCGCUGUGGCUCGCUCCAGACCGAUGUACGCACGCCGCCUGCUGCAGCAAUUCGUCGAGGCUAACGGCGUGUUACUGGCGGAGAACGAAAGGCGUGGCUUGGAAGUACUCAUGAAGCACUUCAAGAGGAUGUAUAAACGGCUGACGCGCUCCCUGGAUGAACAAGAGGCCAUAGUCCAGGAACUGGUGAACCUCCGCGCGGCAGACCGAGCAGCGGGCGACUAUCCGAGGCAGUUCGGCGUCGGUGAUGUCGUCACGUACGGCAACGGGCACCUGGCUGUGGUGUACGGCUGCUCACCAUACUACGAGGUCUCACAGGUAUGA